CCUCCUCCUCCUUCUCCUCCUCCUCCUCCUCCUCCCGCCGGAGCGGGCGUCGCUGCGGGCGCGGGCAGCCGGCGGUGGCGGGCGAACGGGUGAGGAGAAGCGGGGCGGGGGCCGCGGCCGGCAUGUGAACCGGGGCAGCCCCCUCCCCGCUCCGGUAGCCGCUGGGCAACGGCCGCCUUUCGCCUCAGGCGCGGCGCCUCCGCCGCCCCUCGCCCGCCCGGCGGCUUCCUCCUCGGCCGCCCUGUCCCGUGCGGGGCCGGGCAGCCGCCUGCGGCCGGCGCCCGUCCUGCGGGCCCGGCGCGGCCCCGCUCGCCAUGAAGAAGUUUUCUCGGAUGCCCAAGUCCGAGGGGAGCGGCGGCGGCGGGACGGCGGGCGGCGGCUGUGGCGGCGGGGGCGGUGGCGGCAGCGGCGUCGCCUUGGGCAAGGUGCUGGCCGUCGGGCGCUACCAGGUCACCCCCGAGGAGCUGCUGGCGGAAGGUGGUUUCUCAACUGUGUUUCUGGUACGUACCCAUGGUGGGAUACGUUGUGCGCUGAAACGAAUGUGUGUUAAUAAUGUGCCAGAUCUCAACAUCUGCAAGAGAGAAAUUACACUUAUGAAAGAGUUAUCGGGGCACAAGAAUAUUGUGAGCUAUUUGGAUUGUGCUGUUAACUCUAUAAGUGACAAUGUUUGGGAAGUACUCAUUCUUAUGGAAUACUGUCGAGCUGGGCAAGUUGUGAAUCAGAUGAAUCAGCGUCUGCAGACAGGCUUUACAGAGUCAGAAAUAAUGAGAAUAUUUUGUGAUACCUGUGAAGCUGUUGCCCGGUUGCAUCAGUGCAAAACGCCUAUAGUUCACCGGGAUCUAAAGGUGGAGAAUAUAUUGUUAAAUGAUAGUGGGAACUAUGUUCUCUGUGAUUUCGGCAGUGCCACUAACAAAUACCUUAAUCCUCAAAAAGAUGGUGUUAAUGUGGUUGAAGAAGAAAUUAAAAAGUAUACAACACUAUCAUACAGAGCUCCCGAAAUGAUCAAUCUUUAUGGAGGAAAACCAAUUACUACCAAGGCAGAUAUCUGGGCACUUGGCUGCUUGCUGUAUAAACUUUGUUUCUUUUCACUUCCCUUUGGAGAAAGUCAAGUUGCUAUUUGCGAUGGAAGCUUUACCGUUCCAGACAACUCCCGAUACUCUCAUAGCAUACACUGUUUGAUAAGAUAUAUGCUUGAACCAGAUCAAGAACAGAGACCUGAUAUAUUUCAAGUAUCUUACUUUGCCUUUAAACUUGCCAAAAAGGACUGUCCAGUGUCUAAUAUUAAUAAUUCUCCUGUCCCUUCAACUCUUCCUGAACCCAUGACAGCUAGUGAGGCAGCUGCUAGAAAAAGCCAAAUAAAAGCAAGAAUAACAGACACUGUUGGACCAACAGAAACCUCAAUUGCGCCACGACAAAGACCAAAGGCCAAUUCAAGCACUACCACUUCUAGUGUGCUAACGAUCCAGAGCUCAGCAACUCCAGUCAAAGUACAAGUUCCUGGUGAAUUUGGUAAUCGUAUGCAAAAAGUGUGUCAACAGUGUUGUCUGAAUAUCAAAGGAACCACAAGACCAGGGAACGGACAAGAGAUCUUACAGUCGCAAGGGACCAGCCAGCCCACCCCCCAGCAGAACAGAGUCCUCCAGCAGCUGCAGCAGGGUGACUGGAGACUGCAGCAGCUGCACCACUUACAUCACCACCAGCAACAACCUACUAUUCAGGAUGCUUAUUUUCAGCAGUAUCAACAAGCGAUGCAUCAGCAGAUGGUCCAACAGCAGCUGUUGAUGCAGUCUGUGUACCAGCAGCAACCUUCCCAAUCUCAGUAUCCUGCUAUGGUGCAGCAAUAUCAGCAAGCUCUCCUACAGCAGCAGAUCCUUGCUCAGCAGCAACAGCGGUCGCAACAGGCGCAGUCUCCUGAAUAUAUCACUUCUCCACAAGAUUUCUCGCCAGCCUUUAUCCCUUACCCUGGGUCACUUCCAGUCCACGCUGGAGUGGUGGCAGAUUCUCCCUAUCCUGCAGUCAGGCCAGGUAUUCCUGAUGCAGAAGCAAUUGCCAGUUACCCAAAGCAGAGCAUCAAUAACCCACCUGAUAUGUCAGGCUGGAACCCCUUUGGAGAGGACAAUUUUUCCAAGUUGACAGAGGAGGAGCUGCUGGACAGAGAGUUUGACCUGCUAAGAUCAAACAGGCUGGUGGCCAGGAGAGUAUCUUCAGAUAAGAAAGUGGAGCCACAUUCUGCUCCACAGAAAAAUCCUCCUGAAGAUCCCUUUGGUUCUGUUCCUUUCAUUUCUCACCCAGGUUCCCCUGGAAAACAGGCGGAUAACUCGGCCAGCAAUCAAAGAAAUAACUUAGGGACCCCAACUAAGGCUGGAAAACUGAGCCAUGCUUUUAGAGAUCCCCGGACAGGGAGGAAAACUGCAGACGGACAAGUGACAAAAGGUGGCGAUGACUCAGAGAGUGAUUUUGAGUCUGAUCCUCCUUCUCCCAAGAGCAGUGAGGAAGAAGAAGAACAGGAGGAUGAAGAAGUCUUGCAAGGAGAGAAUGGAGACUUCAAUGAUGACAAUGACACAGAACCAGAGAAUUUAGGCCACCGACCUCUCCUCAUGGACUCUGAGGAAGAGGUGGAGGAAGAGGAGGAAGAGAAGCAAAGUUCUGAUUCCGAUUCUGAUCGUACCAAGCAAAAAUCUGUAGAAGGCCUCCUGAGCAGGAGGUUCAGAGAUGGUGUGGACAGCAGUGAAAUCAAAGAACCUAGUUCAAUGCAUACAUCCUUGUCUGAGGUGCCAAGUACGGUAAUCAAGGUGAACCCUGGCCAAGAAUUUGAUGUGUUUGGGGCAGUGCCCUUUUUCCCUCUGCAGCCUCAGGCAAGAGAGAAGAUGGACAAAGAUGUCUCUUCUCAGAUGGCUUUUCCCAGCCUGAACCAAGAACAGGAUGAUUUCGAUGUUUUCACAAAAGCCCCCUUCAGCAAAAAGGCGUCUCAGCAGGAUGGCCAGGUGGCGGGAACUGAGCCUCUGCUCUCCCCCACCUCUCCCCGGAGCGUCGAUAUUUUUGGCUGUACCCCGUUUCAGCCUUCCCUUCUCCCCAAGACUGGUGGGAGUAAAGAGGACCUGUUUGGGCUGGUUCCUUUUGAAGAGAUCACAGGGAGUCAGCAGCAGAAGGUGAAGCAGCAGCGUAACCUGCAGAAACUCUCUUCCCGCCAGAGGCGCAUGAAACAGGAGGUCUCGAAGAACAACGGAAAGCGCCACCAUGGCACCCCAACCACCACGAAGAAGGCGUUGAAACCGAGCUACCGCACCCCUGAGAGAGCCCGCAGGCACAAGAAAGUGGGCCGCAGGGACUCGCAGAGCAGCAACGAGUUCCUGACUAUCUCAGACUCCAAAGAGAACAUAAGCGUUGCAUUGACUGACAGCAAAGAUCGAACCAACCCUCUGCAGACAGAUGAGAGUCUGCUGGAUCCUUUCGGAGCCAAACCCUUCCACCCUCCGGACUUGAUGCGGCAUCCCCAGCAUCAAGGGUUUGGUGACAGCUGCGGGGAUCACAGCGCGGUAGUAGUGGCUGGUAGACCUAGGCAGAGCUCCUUGCACGGAGCCAUUCACGGCAGCGAUGGGCUGAAAACAGAUGACUUUGGUGCAGUACCCUUCACGGAACUGGUUGUGCAGAGUGCGCAGAGCCAGCAGCAACAGGCGCUAGAGUUAGAUCCCUUUGGAGCAGCUCCGUUUCCUUCCAAACAGUAAAUGCUUCCAAUGGGUGCCCCCCCACCUCCAUCUCUCUGAGUUACUUAAUAUAAGUUUUAAGUAGUGGAGUAAUUUAUCUAGUUGAAUUGACAGGAGCCUGGGUUGUACAGUUUGUUCAAGUUCAAGACUGCAUGGCCAGCUUGCACGAUGAAAUUUUGAAUGAUGGCAAAAUUUUACUGGGUUUUUAUUUUAGGAGAAAAAUAGAAAAAAACAAACCAAGAGCAUCAUUGUGUUAUGACAGAUGGCUCCUAGAAUGAAAAGAGAAAGCAGAUACGAAUCAUUGUCUGUCAGUGACUUUGGGCCCUGGGAACAUACUGUCAUUCUGCACUGUUGUGUUGCCUUUUCAGUCCUCUGAUGUGGUGAGAUGGAGGGAGGGAGGGGGGGUGGGCAGAGAUCACGUGAAAAAUGUUUUCCAGGUGUACAGGUAGGCUAAUGGAACUGUCUCAGUUGCAGCAGACCUAAGAACCAAAAAAUGUACUAAUAUCCAGGUUGAUCUGCUGGAAAUAAUCAAGUCUUGGUUUCCUAGGUGAAAACUGCCUUUACUAAUCAUAAAAAUACAGAAGCCAAGUCCUCAAGGGGCUGUGGCCCAGAGUUCCAGAGCACAGCUAUGGCUUGGGACCUGGUAGACAUCUAUGGAGCUGCAGAGAUGAAAGGCAGAUUAUUUUUUUUGUGUGCCUAAACAUUCAAUUUUUUUUUUUAAUUAUUUUUACAGUAAGUGCCAUUAAUGUAAAAUAGCAAACUGGAAGCUUAGAGUUAAAACUAAAGAUACAGAGAAUAUAAUGGUUUGUGAGAUGAAAAGCUUGAUUGUAGGGGAGUAAACCAGCAGGGAUGCAGUCAGUGUUUGCACACUUUGAAGACUACUCAGUACGCUGGGGAGAGAGGCUGGUUUACACGAGGAAAUUAUUUGGCACAUACAGAGUAUUUCAGAUGACUUGUACAGUUGACUGUGAGGUGCAACCAUCAGAUUUAUUUGAUUACAAAUUGGGAUUUGUGUCUGAAAAUACCUUUUCUUUUCCUCGUGGAUUUUUACUGCAAAGAAAAUGUGUAUUCUCUCAAACCUCUUGUUUUUUAAAACAAUAAUAAUUUUAUGAAAUUACUGUAACCUAAUGUUCUUGAUUUCUGAUGAAUCUAUUAUUAUACUUAAGUGUAUUUUAUAAGAAAGUUUUGCUAAAUGCACUGAGCUUUGAAGAGACUUCUCUGAACCCAGAUUUGUUUCAGAAUGGAAGCAGUAAGCAGCAGGUAGCUCGCUGCCGUACCAGUACGCUGCAUUUCACACCACGAAGCCUUACAGGCAGGACUCCUGGCCUGCUGCACAGUACCUCGGAGACACUGGGUGCACAAGCUGCGGCUAAAAGCCUGGGAGUGUGCGGUGCCGGUAGGUGAUGGGAAGGUGAUGUGAACAGGCUUGUUGAGGACAAGAUUUCAUUGCCUGUUGUAGAAGUACGUGCUGUGUGUAGGUGGGGCAGCUUCUCUGCUGCCUUGCUGCUUGUGCCAAGCUGUGUACACCGUCUGCAGAGCAAGUACAACGCAGAACGGUCCAGUUGGUCUGCCUUUUUUCCAUGGUGGUCCUAAAGAGGAGGUGGAAGGAGGUAGUUCCUCUGCUUGUCUCAACUUUAUACCCUGCUCUACUGAAUGCUGAUGAGUAGAUAAUUAGAUGUUCACAUAUUGAGGACGUGUUUGUGGAUGUGUGUCCCCAUGUCCCCCCUUUUUGCAGGAGAUGAAGUGAAAUAUUCAAGGUUGUGCUUCCCACCGCCCAGCAAAGUCUCCUGCUGGUUACACAGUCAUCCAAAGAUCUGUGGGGGUGGUGGUGGGAUCCCUUACAGUAUUUGUUGAAAACAACAGAUUAGAACCAAGUCACUUGACUCAUAUGGGGGCUGGUUUGAUGAAACACUCCCUUGUUACAUGUGAGGUUGCUUCCCUUAGUCCUGGAAUUUGAAAGUAGUUCAUCCAUAUCCGUACACCUUCAUUACAUGUAUCUUCCUUGUUUGCAUUUUUCUCACAGGGUGAAACAGCUGUGCUUGGUUAAGUGUGCCUUUUCCAGGCUUAGAAAUGAAGCUCUUAGGAAGUUAUGAGUAGAAGUGUUUCAACUCUGUUUGCACAGGAGUUUCCUAGGCUUUAUGACUAGUGUUCUCACCUGGGGUUUUUUUGUGCCAAAGACUGUAAGAAGUGCACACCAAGUUUUGUAGCAUUUUCUGAUACUCAGGUUAUCCAUCUUUUUUGGUUGGUGUUUUGUGGUUGGUUUCCCCCCCCCCGUGUGUACUUAUGAGCUGCCUUCCUACAGUUUCCUUCUGAACUGUUACUUACCUGCCUGAAGAGCUUUUGGAACAGAGCGAUAUGACAAAUGGGGCAGGUCAGUGGAAACAAAAUGAGAAUAAAACAGGCAACUGACCCAUGCUUUAGAAUGUGGCUAGUGCUUGCUGAAGCCACGUGGCUGCUGCUUUCCUGGGUGGAAAAGCAACUUGAGGGCUUGCUUGGCCAUGUGGUGCCCGAGGACAGUGUUAACAAAACACCUGAGUCUGGAGCUGAGCUCCACUGCCUGAAAGGAGAGUGGUUUUGGACACCGAGGGAAAAGGCUAUGCAUCUCUGCAUUGGCAGACUUAGCCUAAAUAUUCAGGUGAAUUAGGAACAGAAGAAAGCGUGUUAGGCUUUUGUCUGUUUACCCCGAGACUUCAGGCUGAGGAGCACUACAGGUUUUCCUUGUGUGGCAGAUCGGCUUGUUUUUUUGGCAGAUGGCCUGUAAGUGGUUAUAUUAACGGUACAGGGAAGCUGGAGUGAGGUUGUACACAGAAACUGAGAGACAAGAUAAAAGUGAACUGUAAACCCAAGUUACUCUCAAACUGGCAUAAUGAUGCCCCUGGCUGCAUGUGAGUUACAGCCGAUGAUACUUGCUUUCUAAUGGCCUUAAUAAACCUUUUCUAAAAUUUUUUUUAUUUUACUUAUGAAACAGGUUUUUGUGUAAAUGUACCUUUUUUUUUAAGAAGUUAUCCUUUCUUGUGACUGAGAAGACACAAGUAUGCCUCGCUAAGUUGACUUUGCGUGGUAUAUAUUGUUUAUACACAACUAAACCCAAGUUUGGGUUUAAUGUCAGCAAAGAUCCACUGUUCAGCAGAGGAUAUGUGGUACUGUUGGGGAAUGUGGUAUCCUUUUGCCUUCAUUUGGUAUGUGUGCGUGCUUAUGUGUGUGCUUGCCAUGGAGAGUAUCGUGACCUUGCCUGAAAUACGGGAAAGACCUUGCUGCAACAAACACGUACUAUACUGUCUGCGAAGACAAUAAUGGCAAGGUAAGGAGCUGACGCUUUCAACUGAAGAUACCAGUUGAUUUUUUUACAGCUUUUCUUUCAGCAUGUUGACUGAACUGUAGGCCUUUUAGAAUCAGCUGCUUGAGAGUUCUGUCAAAAGGUACUAAGAAGCCCUUAAUGGUUGUGGUCAUUGAAAGAAAAAUAAGCUAGGCGUGUUUCUCUGCAGAUUCUCAAAUGGCCUUGAGAUGUGUGCAGUUGCUUUGGUUGACCUGCGUAAUGUGGGACCCGUGAAAACCAGCUUUGGAGGAAAGAACUCCUAAUCAUUCUGAGCGUCCCAGUUAGUAAAACCAAGUACUGUGAAAAUAAGUCGAUAUAUUUGCUACUGUGAGAAUUAAGAGUUUAUCUGGAGUUUUUUUAUACUAUAUUGUGUAUUUUUAUAUAUGAAAAGUAUAUAUAAAAUAUACACACGCUCGCACACAUCACGUAUCUCUUGGGAGUUGCUGUGUUUUUAGUAACAGAGCAGCCACACUUGCUUUCAUGCAACUUGAAGUGAGUAUGAGUGAAAGUUGCAAAAGAAAAAAAGCAGUGUGAAGGGUGGCUGCUGCGUUACUUUUCUGUAGUGCUUAUUUCGAAAGGAAAAUCAAGGAAAUUGUGUGUAUAGCUAAAUUUGUGACUAAGGCACCGCCUAAUAUUAAAGAGCAUAAAAACUACUUUAAAAUUGCUGGCAUUCAGCUUUUAAGUGCACUUUCCUGAACUACACUUCCAUUUCUUGUUAGACUUCAAGUUUCUAAAGCUUUUUUGUGUACCACUAAAGAGAGAACUUUUAACUUUUUUGUGAAACUGAUGUACGUCAUAAAAUACUUGCAGUUGUUAAAUAAACAAACGUGGUAACAGUGA